AUUACUCUCUAUCUUGACACUGACGGUGUUUCUGCGGUGCUGGACGCGGCGCGAUAGGAGACGGACAGAAAUUUAUAAAGAUGGCCUCAGCAACAGCGACCUAUGGGCAGAAGGAGUCCUCAGACCAGAACUUUGACUACAUGUUCAAGAUCCUCAUCAUUGGCAACAGCAGCGUGGGCAAAACCUCCUUCCUGUUCCGCUAUGCCGACGACUCCUUCACGCCGGCCUUCGUCAGCACGGUGGGCAUCGACUUCAAGGUGAAGACCAUCUACAGGAACGACAAGAGGAUCAAGUUACAGAUCUGGGACACGGCAGGUCAAGAGCGUUACCGCACCAUCACCACAGCCUACUACCGCGGAGCCAUGGGCUUCAUCCUCAUGUAUGACAUCACCAACGAGGAGUCCUUCAACGCCGUCCAGGACUGGUCGACUCAGAUCAAGACGUACUCGUGGGACAAUGCCCAGGUGCUGCUGGUGGGGAACAAGUGUGACAUGGAGGACGAGAGGGUCGUGGCCGGGGAGAGAGGCCGACAGCUGUCCGAACACCUCGGUUUUGAGUUUUUCGAGGCCAGCGCCAAGGACAACAUCAACGUGAAGCAGACCUUCGAGCGCCUGGUUGACAUCAUCUGUGAGAAGAUGUCGGAGAGCCUGGAUGCCGGGGACCCCGCGGUGACGGGGGCCAAACAGGGGCCCCAGCUUACGGAGCAGCCAGCCCCUCCUCACCAGGACUGUGCAUGUUAAAGCUGACUAUCCCCCCUCCCACACCAUAUUUCCACCCUCCUCCUCCUCCUCCUCCUCCUCCUCCCCCAUCCCUCCUUUCUCCUCCUCCAGCGGGAGCCCAGGGCCUCGGGUCCCUGCGCCGGCACCCGUUCACCCACUUUCCUGCUUCCUCCCGUUAAGCUAGUAAGGAGUGUUGGCUGCUGGUCGCAAGAACCAGGUUGAAAAGAGUCUGAAACGCUUGGAGAUGCUGGCCUCCGAAGCUGGAGGUGCGUUCAGAUCGGCCUCCUCACUGUCAGGGAGCCAAAAGCUUUUGGUUCUGAUACCAAAGUGAGUUGAAUCAAACCUGAGUGUUUCAGACUCAUUUCAACUGAGCUUCUUGAAUGUUCCUGGCUCUGACCCAUCUUCCUUUGUUCCCCUGCUCCUCAAUGUGGUCUUAAUAAGAAGGAUUUGACGGCGUCCGCCCUCUGACUCCUAUCUAAAUCCUUCCGAUGUUUACAGUACUUUGUUUUAUGUCAGUCAAAUGUCUUGAGAAGAUGUCAGCCUUGGUUUUUGGACUGAGAAAGACCACAGCCGAGUCAUGUGUUGUCCUGUGAACCGGUCAGUUGUUAGGGUUGAUCCAGUUGAAUACCGUUCCAUACUUUCCUAUAUGGUUCUUGAUACAUGCAGAACCAAAAACACAUGGAUUUAUGCUUGAUUUGUUGUCUCAACUGGCAUCUAAACCCAACACAGUGCAGAUAUUAGUAAAUGCUUUUUUUUCUUUUCUUUUUUUUUCAUUUCUCAUCUCAGCCUUUUAAUUUUCUGUUUUUAUUUUUCUCCAAUUUUUUUUGUUUACUGAUGGUUAUUCUCAAAUCUCUGCAUACAGUAAACACUGGGCAGGAAAUACAUGAACAAGACAUAGCUAGGUUAGAAAAUAUUAACAAAGAAGGGACACCUUUUAUUUAAUUAUUUUGUUUUAAAUGUGUAUAUAAAUGUUGUGCAAUAUAUAAUAAUCUACAGGUAUACAUUUCUGAAAAUGAAUUUUAAAAAGUAUGACAUUCUAUGAAAAUAACAGAGUAUCAAAUAUAUGAGGUCAGUGUCUGAAAUUGGUUGCAUCAGUGGCAACUCCUCUCUAUACCAUCUCAUUUCCCUCUUGGUUUGAUUGUACGCUAUGUUUCUGGAGAUGUUGAAAAGUUGGAAAUUCCCAUUUCCUAACAGGAAAAAUUCAGUGGAACGAACCUUUGAGUCUGAAUUCCAAGUUGGAAAAUCAGGCAAGCUGCAGUUAUUGAUCAUGUCAACAUGGGGGGGCAUGCGGAUUAGACUGCACAGCAUUACUUUUUAAGAUGUUUAGAACCAAGUAAUGAUCUUCAAAAUACACUAAGAUUUGAUUUUCAGCAUUGCAUGACCUGAAAUCUCUCAUAGCUCCUGUGUUAAAUGAUUAAAUUUGAACUUUGCAAAGCUGCACUUACAGCUGCAUUUUUUUUUUUUUUUUUUUUUUUUUUUGCAAACUGGCUGCCCAAUACCCCUAAAUAUCAUAGACAUAAAUUAGUUAUUCCAUGGGGAAGAGGAUUUUACAAAGGGCAAGGAGGAUCUUGCAAAUCAGCCCUUUGAGCUGUCAUUCCGCUGAGCAGCUGUACUGACACACCCACCUUACCUAACAUCCAGGUCAUUUAGGGGUCUGGCACUGCCUUCCUCUGAUAAUGAACCUGCAAGAGAUGAACCCUUCAGUUUCCUUUUAAACACAAGGAAUUGGGUUUGAGGGGAUUCAUGUACUGUUAAAUCUAAUCGAACCACCAACUACGGUCUUAACACGGAAUUCAAGACAGGGAGUUUCUUGCUGAAGAAAAAUACAGGUAUCUAGGAAUUUUGUCUCACAGGCGCCUAUACUGAGACAUAUCAACAACUUAGAGAGCAACACAGCACAUCACGAUACAUAUGGUACAACAAAAGAACUUCAAAUGCAAAUAAAUAAAUAAAUAGGUGGAGAGUGGAGUGCUACACAAAUCAAUCGAAUGUGAUAGUGAACAAGAAAUGACCACUGUGCAACUUUCCAACCUUCAGCGCAACAAAUUUCUGGGGCUGUCCUGCAGUGAUUGUAAAAAUGUGGUUCCAAACAGUUAUGGACAGUAGCAGUAAAUGCAAAAAUCAAAUGGAUACACGCCGACUCUACUGUUGUGUGAAUUUCCCCCUUUCUAAAAAGACAUCUGUAAUGGUGGAAUCAAAAAACCACUGCCCUAUUGGAACUGUUGGAGUCAAGCUGCAGCAAAGGGUUACGGUGAAGUUGCACUAUGCCUAAUUAUGAAUUAUAGGUCAGGGCAAGCACUGCAGAUCAGUUGUGAAAGUUAAAAACCUCAGUCGAAGUGCCACUCGGUGGAUUGCAUGCAUGCUAGGAUAAGAAAUUGAGCCUGAUAAUUUAGAGAAGUCAUGUGAAGAAGAAAACAAAGAGAAGGACGACAGCACCUAUAGACAGAGAAGACAAAAACAAAAAUCAUAAGAUGAGAGAAAGAUUCAUAGACUUAAAGUGAUGAACUGCUGAGUCAUGUGUAGCAUCCUAAUUUGAAACAGGUAUAUUAGGAGCGGAGUGGUGAUUAAGACACUAAUGUUGACAGUGAUGAUCGUGACAAUAUCAGGCAAAUUUUUAAUUCCACUUACAUUUGAAUUCUUACUGGUUGUGACUGUUUCUUUUCCAGCAGAAUCCAGAAUUUUAAACUGUUCUCCUUUCCGAAAUGUCUUCCUUUCUAGAUUUGUAAAUACCUAUGAGUCAUAUGUGUGGAUUGUGUUGUAUUGACUCCAGGCUUGCAAAAACAAAGUAAAAAAAAAACAAACAAAAAAAACAGAUCAACAAAAGAUGGUAAAAAUCUAAAAACCCAUUAAGAGCUGAGCUAUAUCUUCAUCCAUUUUUAGGCCUGCUUGUGAAUGAAUGUGUCACUCAGUUACAAAGCAAUACACAACACAGUAUCUAGACAAAACAAGAUGCCAUCGAGCUUGGUAAAGGCUUUUGAUCUUCUACUAGCACGCAAAAACACGCAAUUUAUUUGGUCCAUUAUCACUGCCUCCUCCAAUCCUCUGGUUUUGGCUGUUAAAGUUGACGGAAUAUGUUGUGGACAUUUUUAUCUGUAUUUUGUGGUUUAAAAAAAAAUGUUGAUAAUCAGUCGACUGUUCUUUUUGAAGAUUUUGUACCUCGGGGGUGAGAUUGGUACUAAUUGCUGCUAUUUCUAAUGUAGUGCAUAACAUCUUAAGAAGACCUAAGAUUAGAGGAACAUACUUAUUUGGGAUGAUUUCAGGCUUGCAUCAUAAAUGUUGCAUCAGGCCACACAAGGACUGUGGUGAACUUGACAUCACGACAAAAUAAUCAUCAUGUUCAAAAUAAUCAGAUUGGGUGAUAAACUUGGAUUAGCAGUAACAUUGUAUUUGUGGUGGCAAAUGUUUGGACACUAUCGCACCAGACUGGUCUCAAGAUGUCGCUGUUCAAGUUCUUUGUCAAACAGUGUGUAGGUGACUGUAGGAAAUCUUGACAGUAUAUUGUGCGAUGAGAGGACACUGGUCAACAAAGGGGUUAAUUGUCAGAGAUGUAGAAAAUAUAUUUGAUUUCCUAAAACAAAGGUGUCAGUAGGACCCAUUAGAGACAGACAGGUACAAAUGUUGUUUUGUUGAAUUUGACUUUGAGAGUGAAAAGUGAAUGACUUCCCUUUACACACACUGUACCUGUUUUUAUAUUCUUAAGGAAUCAUAACAGGCAUUGUAUGAGUACCCAGUUUGAGUGAGACAAUUUGUAUUUUUAAGUUGCCCUCUAAGAUCUUUUACUGUCCCCAUCAGAUUCAUUCAGGCCCAUCAGUAAACCCAAAUUUGCAACAGCGACACCUUGAGAUUGUUUGGGUUUGAAUGCAACCAAAGUGUGAGUGAAAAUGAACCUCCUUUUUGGGUGUUUUAGUAUGAUGUUUUUAUCCUGUCGCCUCACUUUGAAGUACAAUGAACAAUUUUGCCUUGACACACUGUCCUCAGUUCAUUCUAGCAUGAGGAUUAAAUUUAAAAUGUUUGCUUUUUUCCCAUUUCUUUUUUUUUUUUCAUCCAUGAAUACUUUUCCACAAAGCACUGUUAACCUGGUUUACAUUUAAUUUGUACUUUUUUCUAUCAUGGGAAUUGAACAACUAUUAUGCAGUAAUUAAUGUAAUGAUAAGGGAACAUGGUGUCAAAUUGUCGAAAUGUGAACAUUACAAAAACCUGCUGUACAUGUUGUGGAAGAAAAUAAAAUAACAAAAAUAAAGUUUGUGAUGUUAAAACA